AUGAGCACCCACGAAAUGCAGCACCAAACGGCGGGCCAUGAUGGCGGCAGCGGAGAGGAGGAGCCUUUCGAUGUGAUGGAUAUUGUGGCUGCCAGAAGCCGUGGCGACCUCGAGGCUCAAUCCGCUGACAUGAAAAAGGAGCAACGGUCAGUGGCACAGCUGGUAGUAGACCAAGCGACCGAACCAGAGGUGAUAUCAGGACCUGGACCCAUCCCCUUAGUUAACCGGAGUAUCACCGAUAGACCAAACAAAGAAGGUUUUGAACAAGAUGAAAGGAAAACCAACGAAGGCUGCGGGUCCACCUCGAAGGAUGCGCAACAGGAACUGUGCAAGUUCGAGACCAGGCAACGCGGUUCAACUACGCGCCGUCAAAGCCAGGCGAUGGCUCGACCAGGUGCUUAUGCCGUGGAACCAAGUGCUACGGAGCAGAGCGAAACAAUGACCCCCAUUGGCGUUGACAGCCUUACAUCAUCUAAUACUUCGACCAUUGUUGAGGAUGGCCUCGCUGUUGCCAACCCAGUUGACGAUGAUGCAGUUAGACACCUGAGUCUGCCCCAAGCCCGAGACUUUGAUGCAGUACCAGUAGCUUCAAACAGGAGCAAGCAAAAGACAAAGCAAUUCCUGAGAGCGUUGCUGUCGGGAACCAUUCUGCUAAUUGUCGUCCUUCUAAUCUUGCUAUCGGUAGCUGCUUUGGUCCCAAAGAGGACCGCCACUACAGCUUCGCCAGCUCCCAGUCCCAGCACGCCAGCUCCAACCUCCGCCAAAGGAUACCUCCUUUCAUUGUUUGACGAUGGCACCCAGCAAGCAUUGGAAGAUCCUCAAUCACCUCAAUCAAGAUCAUACGAAUGGAUCCUAGAGGACUUGGACAAUCUGCCACUUUAUUCUGAUGAUCAGAUAAAGCAGAAGUUUGCCCUGGCAUCUCUGUACUUUGCCACUGGUGGAGAUAAUUGGAGGAACAACACUAACUGGCUCAACCACAGUGUAUCUGAAUGCAACUGGUUCUUCAAUCCUGAAUUUGCCAGGAAGUCAGCAAUAUCUCAGCUUCUUCCUGGAUACCUGGCAGGGUUCUUGGAGCCUCCACCUACCUCACCUUGUGAUAAUGAUGGGCUACUCCAACACCUUUGGCUGGACCAGAAUAAUCUUGAAGGCUCCAUCCCAGAGGAACUGUACUUGUUGACAAAACUAGAAACUCUUUCGAUGGGAUGGAACCAACUCGGAGGAACAAUUUCUAGCCAUAUUGGGCAACUGAGAGCUUUGGAAGGUCUCACUCUCAGUCAGCUGCUUUUGACUGGCACCUUGCCUACAGAAGUUGGCAUGCUCUCAAACCUACGCUUCUUUUCUCUGCAUGCAAAUCAACUUCAAGGAGAUCUCCCAACACAAAUAUGGCAGCUCACCAAUUUGGUUGACCUCAUCUUGAGUUCAAACUCUGAAUUGAAGGGCACACUGCCUACUGAUAUUGGCGCCUUGUCCAAGUUGAGAAUGCUACAACUGGAGCGGAGUGACUUUUCAGGUACAAUUCCAACUGAGCUAGGGCAAGCUGAGUCUCUAGGAUGGAAGUGUACCAAGUGA